AUGGGAGCAAUAUGUCUUCAAGCAGCUGUACUUGGAUUAUUCUUACCAGAGACUAAGGGUACACCAACCUUGGAGACUAUGGAUGACAUGAAAAAAAAUCAAAGAGUCGCUCUACUUGAUGUGAAUAGUAACGAUAAAGUUGAAGCGAAUAACAAUGACACUGAACUCUAG